AUGUCUAGCCGAAGCAAUCUCAGACCGGAUUUGAGAACCGGUGCAACGAGAACGCGAUCGGUUGCAAAAAUCGGUGGUAGUGGUGGUCAAAGUGAACAUCAAGUGGAAGAUGGUGCUUACGGUGGUAUUGUACCGGUGGUUGUCACAAGGGUCCCGUCGCCAGAGCAACAGGCGAAUCAAACCCUGCCGGGUAGAGCAUGCAAAGUGUGUGGUGGUCCAGACACUGAAGAGAUGAUUCAAUGCGACGUCUGCAACAAGUGGCAUCAUUUCGCCUGCGUGGGAGUCACCAAGGAGAUUGAGGACAAUAAUUGGAGCUGUGCUGUCUGCGACACAGUAACCAGAGCUCUGCAAAUCCUAUCGACCUCCGACAAGGCUCCAAGGCAAGCGGAAACAGCAAAAAGAAGCAAGUCGUUAAAUUCGGUCAUCCCGUCGGACAAACAGCACACACUGCAACCUCCGGAUGGGCCGUCAAGCAAAGGAGCAGCGAAACAGUCGUCGCAGCUGAAAUCCAUACCGGAUCGUUCGGCGAAAGGAACGUACUCAGUGCUUUCUCACGGAUCUUCCAGAAGUUCAAUACUGAAACUCGAACUUCAAAAGUUGGAGGAGGAGCGUGCGCUGGAGCAGAUAGAAGCGGAAAAGCAGCGAAACUAUCUGAACAAAAAGUACGACAUUUUGAGGCAGCUGACCAACCAGUCCGACAUGACGUCAAUUGCGGAAGGAACGGAACGAGUGAACGCCUGGGUCGAGGACGUGAACGGAUGUGGUCAUAGUGAAUCGUUGCAACUGGUUUCUAAGCUUCCGCCAACCUUGAAGCUGGAUUGGGCAUGCUACCGUAUGUCUGUACCUCGAGUCAACUUGGCGACUUUCGGAAAUUUCCUGUAUUCCCUCGCAGAGGCCGCCAGCACGGUUGUCUUCCCUAUAACAGUUGCAGAUCAGAAGCAGACUCGGAGCGAAACCCGCUUACCAAAGAAGGGGAAUGCAUUCUUAAACGCUCACUUGGAAACUCAACCGGAAAUCGAUGUUUCGAUGCCCGCCACGUCAAGUAACGCCAACGCAAUAGAUCGUCCGCCAGCGCCCAUAGAUCGUCUCAACGAUGGGUGUCCGAUUUGCAAAGGUAGUUGCAGAACAGCCGAUAAAUGCAAACAAUUUCUUGAGCUCUCACGUGAUGCACGCUGGGCUUCCGUGCGUGAAUUCGGAUUGUGUCGUAGAUGUCUCCGUCGCCACAAUGGAAGCUGCAACACGAAGGAAUGUGGCCAAAACGGAUGUACGUUCAAACAUCAUGCAUUACUUCACAACGACCAGCAGCGAGUUCAGCAAAUCACUACAGUGGUAGCUUCGCCGAACCCGAAUUCCGGAUCAUCCGAGCCGGAGACUAGCCAGGGUCACGGAUGCAAUACUCAUCGUACAAAAACUUCGGCUGUCCUCUUUCGAUACCUGCCUGUGGUGCUAAGAAACCGUGACAAAACAGUUCAAACCUAUGCGUUUUUCGACGAGGGCUCCGAGCUCAGUUUGCUCGAUGAUGGCUUGGCCAAGCUUUUGGAACUUGAUGGGGAAAUCAGUCCGCUAUGUUUAAGAUGGACUGGUGGAAAAGAGCGCAAUGAAGACAACUCCCGUAUCGUAAGCCUGGAAAUAGGAGGGAUUCGGAACCAAACCAAAAUGUUUAACUUGAACAACGUAAGGACAGUUCAAGAACUGUUGUUGCCUCACCAGACAAUCGAUAUGAAGGAGCUAUCGCAGCUAUACCCACAUCUUCGUGGGCUUCCAGUAGACUCAUAUCAGUCCGCUCAACCACGCAUACUCAUAGGGUUGAAGCACGCGUUCAUCGGCUUAGUACUUCAAAGCAGAGAAGGAGAACUAAAUCAUCUCAUUGCAUCGAAAACGCGUUUAGGCUGGACCGUUUACGGAGGGUGUACAGAGGAUGCUCCCAAUGUCGUCCAAUGUGCGUUUCAUGAACAUCACCAAAGCGACAACAUGGACGAAUCGCUACACCAAGCAAUGAAGGAGUAUUUCUCUUUGGACAGUCUUGGGAUAACGAAGCCAUCGAACAUACUUCUGUCCACCGACGAUCAACGGGCCGAGACUCUUUUACGUUCACUCACGAAACUCAAGAAUGGUCGAUACGAAACUGGGCUAUUAUGGCGCUCCGAUGAUGCGCGCCUGCCAGAUAACCAUGCUAUGGCCCUUCGCCGUCAUCGUUCUCUCGAAAUACGCCUAGGGAAGGAUCCGGAGUUGGCGGAAAUACUGAAUAAGAAAAUCGCCGAUUACCUGGAAAAGGGAUACAUUCGUCUGCUCACCGAAGAAGAACUGAACAAACCAAUGUUCCGUGUAUGGUACCUUCCGAUUUUUCCGGUCACAAAUCCCAAUAAACCCGGAAAGAUAAGAAUUGUCUGGGAUGCCGCAGCAUCAACCUUCGGCAAAUCGCUGAACUCUGCACUCCUGAAAGGCCCGGACCAGCUGUGCUCAUUGUUGUCUAUUCUUCUACAGUUUCGUGAACAUCGAGUUGGUUUAACAGGUGACAUCCGUGAGAUGUUCCAUCAGGUGGACAUUCGGGAAGAGGACCAGCACUGCCAACGUUUUUUCUGGACAGACAAAUCCGGUGAUGUACGGACCUACGUGAUGCGCGUUAUGACUUUUGGAGCCUGCUGUUCGCCGAGCUGUGCUCAGUACGUUAAAAACGUCAACGCUGAGCGCCAUUCUCAGGACUAUCCGGAUGCGGCGCAAGCUAUAACAAAAAGGCACUAUGUGGACGACAUGCUUGUGAGCGUCGAGACUGAGCAGGAGGCCAUUCAGCUUGCAAGCGAAGUAAAACUAGUACACGGAAACGGCGGGUUCGAAAUUCGAAACUGGGUCAGUAACUCCAGCCAAGUGUUGGAGGCAUUGCAAGGAGAUAAUGUUACAGAGAAAAACCUCGAUUUGUCAUCUGAACUCGCCACCGAAAAAGUGCUUGGAAUGUGGUGGUGCACAUCAACAGAUACCUUCACAUUCAAAAUCUGCAGGAACCGAUACGAUGAGGGUCUACUGAGUGGUCAACGCUGCCCAACAAAGAGAGAGAUCCUUCGGGUGCUCAUGACGAUAUUUGACCCAUUAGGAUUGGUCGCCCAUUUCCUCAUGUUUUUGAAGAUUCUGCUACAAGAAGUCUGGCGCUCCGGAGUUCAGUGGGACGAACCAAUCCAGGACGUGGCUUUUGAAAAAUGGAAACAAUGGCUGCAGAUCCUUCCUCAAGUAGAACAAACAAGUAUUCCACGUUGCUUCCGAAUCCAUACCUCCCUUGACGGCUCCUAUGAUAUGCAAUUACAUGUGUUCGUCGAUGCGAGCGAAAAUGGUUUUGCUGCAGGUGCAUACCUUCGCUUCCAUAAGAAUGACGUCGUUGAGUGCACACUGGUUGCAGCAAAGACACGAGUGGCCCCGUUGAAGUUCAAAUCUAUCCCAAAACUAGAGCUUCAGGCAGCUGUCAUUGGAACUAGACUGGCCAAAAUGAUUUCGGAGUCCUUGACAAUUCCAAUAUCAAGUCGUAUUUUCUGGUCUGACUCCCGGGACGUGAUCUACUGGAUUAACUCGGAUCACAGGAGAUACAGUCAAUUUGUGGCAUUUAGAGUGAGCGAGAUCCUCGAAACCACCGAGAUCAAUGAUUGGCGUUGGGUACCCACCAAGCAUAAUGUAGCUGACGAUGCCACCAAGUGGGUUGGCUGGCCAGACCUGAGUCCUGAUAGCAGAUGGUUCAAAGGGCCGGACUUCCUGUGGCGUGCUAGUUCCGAUUGGCCACGAGCUCCCUUCAACGUCUCCUCAACAAUUACGGAACUGCGUCCAAAUCUGCUAGCACACUUUAAAGUUCCAGAACCAAUAAUAAACGUAGGCGAUUUUUCUAGUUGGAAGAGGCUUCUCCGUGUGACUACCUUCGUAUUUCGAUUUCCUGCAAACUGCCGACGCAAGCUACAGAAAUUACCAACUGUUACCUCCCCGCUAGCUACCGUAGAGCUGGUUGAAGCCGAAGCUUAUUUGCAGCGACUGGCACAAAUUGAUUCUUUUCGUGAGGAAAUUGCCAUUCUACGAAAAGCGCAGGAAUCUCAAAACGAACAAACAACGCCACUGCCACCGAAAAGUGUUUUGUAUCAGCUUUCUCCCUUCCUGGAUGCGCGAGGUGUCCUCAGGAUGCGGGGUAGAACGCGAAUGUGCCAGUAUACUACAGAAGACUCAAAGCAUCCCGUUGUUCUACCGCGUGACCACCACAUUACCACUCUAAUUAUUGCAUACUACCAUGAAAAAUACCACCACUGCAACCAUGAAACCGUCAUCAAUGAGCUACGCCAAAAAUACUGCAUAUCCCGGCUUCGAGUAUGCUACGGCAAAAUCAGAAGACGAUGUCAACGAUGCAAGAACGAAAGUGCCAUUCCGCGUCCACCUAUCAUGGCUGAACUUCCACCGGCUCGACUGGCAGCGUUUACACGUCCCUUCACACAUGUGGGUAUCGAUUACUUUGGCCCCUUUUAA